AUGCCAGCAUCUGCAGGACGCGUGCGUAUGCCGCACAACAAUCGCAUGACAACGUCCGCCACACUCAAGACGACGGACAUUUGGUCCAAGACCAUUGGCCAUGACCCCUACGCCAACAACCAAGAGCCCGGUGUAUCGGCAGAACAAGCGGCCGAAGAUGCCCAAAAAGCCAAAAAGGUCAUGGAUAUGGCACGCAGUCAGAAUUUGACCGAUGGCGCCGAUCGAGACGAUUUUGCCCGUAAAAUGUAUUUGGGAUUGAAAGGUGGUAAAAAGAGACGAGCCGAUGCCACGGCACAAGUACAACCGGCACAUGUGCCACUUCCCGACGAAGAGGAUGACAGUGACGAAGAAGACGAGUUCGUGCAUGUUGUGGAAAAGGAAGAAAAACCCAAAAAGGAAGAAAAGACGAAAAAGCGUGACAAGAAGAAGAAAAGAAAGAGCAAAAAGAAACGACGAAAGGAUGACAGCAGUGAUGACGACAGUGAUGACGAUAGCAGCAGUAGUAGUGAAGAAGAGGAACGACGUCGCAAACGAAAGCGGAAAAAGAAAAAGCACAAACGACGAUAUUCCAGCAGCAGCUCUUCCGAACAAUCCGAUCAUUCAGAGCAAGACGACAAAAAGCGACGUAGAAAGGAUCGGAAAAAGAGCCGACGAAAGGAAAAGUAG